CAAGAGAACAGAAAUAAAUGGAAAAAUAAAAUGAAGGAACUAGUGUCAAACAGUACAACCAGUAUUUCUCAAGCCAGGAAAGCUGUGGAGCAAUUAAAAAUGGAAGCAUACAUGGAUAGAAUGAAGGUAUCCAAGGCUGCAGCAGAUUUAUUGGCAUAUUGUGAUGCACACAUUGGAGAAGAUCCCCUUAUUAUUCCUGUACCUGCAUCUGAAAAUCCCUUUAGGGAGAAGAAACUCUUUUGUACUAUCCUUUGA